UGAGCAAGGGUAUCCCAGCCGCAGAGCCCGAGCCAAACACCCCACACCCGCUCGGGAACUCAGCUUCCAGUGUCAAAUCUCGAAACACCAACGGGCCAGCCAAAUCAGAUCCAGACCAGACAUGCCAUCACCACUUGGUGAAACCAACCCUCUACAGCUCCGCAGCUAGCCAUCACACCGGCACUCACAGAUGCACUGUCUCAACUAUAACAACUCGCCGGUAAGUGGGGGAAAAGGAAGCAUACUGCCGAGGCUGGCUGGUCGGCCGGCGCCCGUCCCGUCGGGCCCCAAUCGCAGAGAGAAACCGCAAGCGCGGGGGAUCAAGCCAGAUGCGGCACCGUGCUCCGGGCAGCAGACUGGACAGACAGACAGCUACAACCUUCUUCCCCAAUCGUUCGCCGGCCGGCGGUCACCGACGGCCGCCCGCAUAUGUCGCUCCUUCGCUUACCCCGUAUGUAUGCGGUGCGCCGGCCUCCCCGUUUCUGAUCCUAUCCUCUGUCUCCUUUCUGGACCGGGCUAUUGGGCAGGGCGGGUAUGACAAAGAGCAUUCUCUGGCUCCCCGUGCGAGCGUGUGUCGC